AUGAAUCCUACUCCGAGGGAUGACCACUUGAAAAGAGGGUCUAAGGUUGCACCGUAUGAGGCAUUGAUAGCAGGGACGGUAUCUGGAGGUGUUGCUAGAGGAAUCACUGCACCGUUAGACACAAUAAAGAUACGAUUGCAAUUGCAAUCUAAAUUUUUCAAGCAUGGAAGGCCAGUUUAUUCAUUGGUCAAGGACUUGUUACAACAUGAAGGGGUGAUUGCGUUAUGGAAAGGUAAUGUACCUGCGGAAAUGCUCUAUAUUAUCUACGGAGGUGUACAAUUUACUUCGUAUUCUAUGUUGAACGCGAAUUUAUCACUUUUGGAAAAGAAUCUCAAUAUUGUGAAACUAUCCAGUUCGACUCAUUCGUUAAUUGCUGGUGUUGGUGCAGGAGUAGCAAGUACUCUAGCUACCUACCCUUUUGAUCUUCUCCGAACAAGACUUGUUGCAAACACAAAGAAAGACCUUUUAGGAAUGACAGCAACCGCGCGUGGUAUAAUCAAAGCUGAUGGUCCAGGGGGGCUAUUCGUAGGUAUGGCACCAGCAAUGUUAGCAAUAGCCCCUACUACUGGACUCAUGUUUUGGUCUUAUGAGUUAGCAAGAGAGUUUCUGACAAAUUUUGGGCACGUCCCGUUUCUUGAAGGCAUAUGCGGAUUUGUAGCUGGAACUUUUUCAAAAGGAAUAACGUUCCCAUUAGACACACUACGAAAGAGGUGUCAAAUCUAUCCAAUCGUGCAUGGAAAGAGAUAUACAAGAGCAUCUCAUGUGUUUUUCAACAUCAUUGAAAAAGAAGGAAUACUUGGAUUAUAUAGAGGUUAUGGUAUAAGCAUUUUGAAGACAGCGCCAACUAGCGCUAUUUCACUUUGGACUUUUGAAAUCGUGAUUACAUCAAUGAGAAAGUAUCAAAAUGCAAAACCACUAACCAAGUGA